AUGAGCGAAAACGCCAGCGCCGAGCUGCUGGCCGCGGCCAAAGACGCCGCGGCGCGCAAUCUCGACUACUACGCCCUGUUAGGCAUCGACCCGUCCACCGACACGAUCACGCGCGACACGGUGCAGCGAGCAUGGCGCAAGCGGUCGCUGAAGUACCACCCGGACAAGGCGGGCGAAAAAUUCGACAAGGAGAAAUGGGAGGAGUUCGGGCUGGCGCGUGACAUUCUGGCUUCGGAGGAGGCGCGGGCGGCAUACGACGGGGCGAGGGCGGCGGCGCUGCAGAGGGCGCGCGAGAAGGAGCAGAUGAACGCGCGGCAGCGGCAGUUCGUCGAGGAGCUGGAGGAGGCCGAAGGCCGGAGCAAGAGGCAGCGGGAGGAGGGCGCCGCGCGUCGCGAGGAGGAGGAGCGCGAGAGGGCGCUGAAGACGGCUGAGGGUCGCAGGAUCGUCGAGGAGAGGCAGCGGCUUGUCAGGGAAGCCGAGGAGCGAGAGCAACAGCGGAAGAUUAAGGAUGACGAGGCGAUGGACGACCGGAUAAGGGAGCUGCAGGACAAGCUUGCGGAGAAGGCGAGGCGGAAAGAGGAGAAGCGGGCGAGAAGGGAGGGCAGGAAGGCCGGUGUCGCUGACGAGGAAAAGAGGACCGACUCCGCGCCCUUGGCCCCCCAUGUCGCUGAACCGAAGCAUGCCACCGAGAGUCAGACCGCAUCGAUACCCCGGAGAGACGUGCAAAAGUCAGACGACCCGGUCAAGUUCUGGGCGACGCAGUGGCCCAAGACGAGGGAGAGACUGAAAGCAGCACAGAUUGUUAAGGAGCAGAGGAUGAAGGAGGCGAGCACUGCGGCUUGA